CAGGUCAAGAUGGCGGUAGGGGUGCUUCAUGCCAGCCGCGCUAUAGAAGGGCAGGCCGCCGCGCAUGUCAGCUGCUGUUGUAAAUAAAGCAACUCAGCCGAGAGGAACCCUGCGUCAGGAGCUGAGGGUGUUGUGUCGCGGCGCUGCAGGGCCCCCACUGAAGUGAAGAGCAGCUCUCCGUCAGGUCAGCUUGCCACACACACGCUGAUGCCUCAUGGCGCUCUGCAAUUGUCGGGUUGAGUCCUGCAUGGGGUGCAUUCCCCUCCAGCGGGGAGCCGUCAUCAUCGGCUUCCUCAACUUGUUUAGUUCAAUGCUGAAGACCUUCAAGUACAUCAGAAUAUUGAUAGAAUUCGAGCUGAAGGUGAAGGAGUGUGAGGAUGCCAGGCCAAUGCGAUCCCCAGCAUUCACCAUUCAUAAUGAAUCAAAGUAUGACUUCUAUGAGACUGCCAGGGAUGAGCUCAGAGCGUGUCCCAAGGGAAGGGUGCUUGCCCUGGCACGCAUGUAUAUUGUCAUCCCAAUCUUCAUCAUGUUCAUCUACUUCAUCCUGACGGCUCUCAUGAUCCACGGCACUCGCCAGGAGCGGCCCAAGCUGAUUGCCCCAUGGCUGUGGUGGCAACUGUUCCUGCUGGUGGUGAGUCUGCUGAGCAUCAUUGGCCUGCAGAGCCACGAGGACUUCUUCCUCAACAUCACUUUGCUCCUGGUGAACAUGUACCUCUUCAUGGUGGUCAACUCCUUUUACCUUAAGUUGUUGCAGCAAGAACGAAACCCUUCACGAGUGACUGUCAUUGCCAUGGCUCGCCGCCGCUCUGAUAUGACAGUCUCCUUCCCCUCCCCACUGAAGGAUGACCCCCCUCCACCCUACCACUCAUGCUACGUCCCUGUUGAGGCAAUGUACCCACCACCCUAUGACACCACUGUCACCACCACCCGCGGCAGCUCCAUGCCUCCCCCUUACCAGAGCAUGGACCCGCUGGUGCCAUCCAGUUCUGGCAGCACACAGGAGGAAUCUCACUCUAACCCAACCCUGCGUGUUCCCUCCCCUGCCAACCCUUCCUCUGGCACCUCAAGCCCCACCACCCCAGAGGCAGCCACUCCAGAGGUAGGCACUCCAGAGGCAGCCACUCCCAACACAGACACUGCCACUCAAGGCACACAGGAGCAGGAGGCCAGGUCUGAGGGGUCUCGCAGCACUCCAGAGGCGGUAGGUGAGAGAGUGCCUCUUGUGGUGAAGCUCCCCACCUCCCAAAACAAUUAAGUCAAAGACACCCUCCAGCCACAGGUGAAUGUUGUUUUUAUUUCAAAUGCUCAUGUGUGAAGCUUGCUUGGGCCUCAUUGGGUUGUGCGGUGUGUGUAGGGUCUGAGUAAUACACAGGGUUGGAGUAGGGUUGUGGUGUUUUGUUGAGCUAGCACUGUCUGAAUUGCUCUUUUGCACUCAGCAGUGAUGCUCCACAGUGGCAAGGGGCUGACUUACGACAACUGCUUAAUUGACUGUAUUACACUUCACCCCUUACCAUUUUUACUGAAUUAAUCCCUUCAGCCUUCAUGGUUAACUGUUUAUUUGAAGCUUGAAGUCUCAGUUUGUUGAGUAGCUUGUUCCACUUCUCGUAGGUAAUGGUGUUGCUCCUGUGUCCACCUCCACACACAUUUCACUGCCAUUUGCUGUGAGUGGCGGUGUCUUGUGGGGUUUUUUCAUCCAUUGGGAAAGUUGUAGAAUACCAAACAAUUCUCUGUUCUCUUCCUUCCUGUCAUCCUUCUCAUCCUCCACAUUAUUUGCUUUCCCUUGGGCUUGACACAUUCAGCUAACGUGAUCAUUUCAGUUGCAUUUACAACACUCCUUGUCUUCAAAUCGGCAGUGUGUUCCUUUAUAGUGACUUGCCACACCAGCUGUACAUACCCUUGUUCUGUGCUCCACUUCUGGAUACUUAGUGUUUUGACUCCUGUUCUGACUGCUGGGCCAUCUGCUCUCCAGUGGCACUUCUUGAUAACAAGGUGUUGUCUGUGGUGGCUCUGAUCUGUUCACCAGGUUGUCUCAGUGUUCACCAGCCAGCAGCUUCACUUACAUUAAUGCCAUCUCCAUGGAUAAAGCAGUUGUCCUCCUGUGGUAGAUUGUUAGAUUCUGUUUCUUUAAACUCCACAGAUGAACUUGACUUGAAGAUACUCUACUCCUUGGAGUUUCCUACAAAGUUACAGCUUGAUGUUUUUCUCAUGAGUUUUGUUACGUAGCUGCUAAGAGUUUGAUUUGCUUCUUGAUAUUCAGAUUUGAGCUUGUAUCUCUCCACCACCACUAAAACUUUUGGUACAUAAUGCUGUACAGCGAGAAAAAUUUGUUUCUUUAGUCUUCUCUGCUGGUUUUCUGUGGCACACAAGUUUUUAGUAGCUGAUACACUGCAGGUCUGCUCAUCAUCAAGAAGUGUCAGUUCUGCUUCUCCAUGAUGCUCUUGCCCUUCAGGAACUGUUCAAACCUCUCUGUGCAGGCAUGUAUCUUUCAUUGCCUUGCCAACCUUCAGUAUCUCAUUCUCACUGCCAUAUGUAUGGUUUCAGCAAUACACAGGGUUGGAGUGGGUUAUGGUGUAUUCUGCUGCUGAGCCAUCAUAGCAUGAAUUGUCCUCUCAUAGUGGUGCUUAUGCCCUUGGUAGCAAUGCCCCCUAGUGGGACUGACUUACGACAAGUACUUAUUUGGCUAUUCUGCUGUGUGAAGGGUUUUAUUCAGAACAGUGAAGGGUUAUAGAGUGGUUGUUUUAUGUAUGCAGGGCCCAAGCAACCUUCACAUCCUUUGUUCUCUGUCUUUUGUCCUGUGUUUGUCUGUGUAUGUCUGUAUUUCCUUAUCCUACCAUGGCUGGCACAGGGGACAGGAGGAAGCACCUUUACGAAUUCAACACACACACCAUGAAGAAACCAAAGAGAGAGAGCCUACCUAUUCACAAUCAUUCCAUUUCCUGGGUAGCAUAAAGGGAGACAAACACAGUGCCUCAAGGUACUACAUUGGUGUUAUCUUAUUGUGCUACAUUCAGCAAUACUCUGUUUAGUUAUCAUGUCUACAAGAAGAUUAUUCAUAAUUGUGGUGUUUUCAGCUUUUCACAUAAUCCAUCUUGGAUGUUGAUGCAAGUCAGUGUAUUAACUGCUUAGAAAUAGGUUCAUAUUUUUUAUGAUUAAUAUGUGAUGAUUAGAGAUAAAAAACUAGUUUGAUAAUAUCUUUUGCAGAUGUAAACGGAUAACAGAAAAAUAUAUUUAUACUUAACUUGCUUUACUGCAAACACUGAAAAAUAGCCAUCAAGCUCUUUCAUGUGCUAUCACAAUGUGUAUACUACCUUACUAUUUAGAUUCAUACAGCUAUUUUUAAUGAGCUGCAGUUAUGCAAUACAUCUUCCACUGACUGACAUUCAGAACUGUCACGGCUGUCAGCACGCUUUCCAGGUCCUUCAGUGAGGAAGACAGUGAACUCACUCUUAGGGUUGUCAUGUUUUCUUAUCUGUCCUCGGCACCUGCAGCAGCCAGACCCUGAGAGUGAGGCAGUGUGCAGUCAGCCCAUCAGCCACGGCAGGGGUCUGGCCCCUCUUGUUAGGCUGACAGGGUGUGGUCAGGUCGUGUGACCUGCCGCUCAUACUCCCACUGUGUUUUGUUGCCACCCCCCCCCCACAUCAUUCUUAAGUCUCCUGAUCUACUGGUAAUCUUAUAAAACUUGACUAUCAAUAGAUUUCUAGCUGAUUAGAAGGCUUAAAAUUGAAGGAAAUCUCAAAACAUAGGGGAAGUAAAUGCAGUGUAUUAAUUCACUCCUGACCAUGACCAUACCAAACAGAAGGAUAGAUCUUACUGGACUGCAGUGUGUAGACCUCGGUGACUCAGAAGGUUUUGUAAAUCCUGCAUCAACACAAUUUUCAUGGCCCUACUGGCUGAUGGGCUGACAUGCACUUCUCACCAGUAUUUAUAGUGUGAUGUAAUGCAAAGUCUUAGUUUGGGUGGAAAGUUAAGACUGGUAUUUGUUAUUACGGCAUUUGGUAGCUUCAUGCACCACCUGUAUCAGCUGGAGGAAGGUGCUGCAUGGAUUGCUGCCACAGCUUUUUGUAUGUCUCCAGUAGUGUUAGUGUCACACAUCAUUCACCCCCAAUAAGAGGGAAUAUAAGGAAUCAAUUUUAUCUGUAGACAUGGAGUAGUAUAAUUUGCCAUAUUGGGUUUUACAGCAAGGUUGUGCUCUUAUUACAUACUCAUAGUUGGUAUGAUUGGAUAUUUCUGCACCAGCUCUUACUACAUUUUUAAGCCGGGUUCAUCUUGGUGUAAUGAGAGCACCAGACUCACCCUAAGACCCACCUGCUCAUCCACACCAGCCAACUUCAUGCCAGGCACCUGAGGGACCCAGAAGUGAUUGGUAGCUUGACUCAGCUAUGCAUGUUGAUGUGAAUGAGAUAGGCUGACUCGUGAUUGCAAAGGAAACUCCCACACAUAUAAGAAGUUGAUCACUGCUUCACACCAGAAUAUAGUCAGGCUGCAUGCAAGACCCACACAACCACCAUCACCAGUGCAAAACAUUAUACUGUCAGUCAGUUAUGCCUGUGAAAUGCACUGCCACUGCCACUUUUUAUGAUGUUGUGACUGGAGAUAUAAAUGCCCCAGAAAUUAUUGUGGAAUGUGACAAUUGAUGAUGGUUCAGUCCCCAGUAAGGGUGCCUCUCAUGGCCCAAAAUUUAUCCUGCCUUUAUAUAAAUUUUUCAGUGUUUCUGUGAUGCCCUACAUGGGACAUCAUGACAUUGAGCUCAAGUGUGUUUACAGAAGACAGGAUGCAACAAUUGUGCUUCUUUUGUGCUUGAAUGCCACUUAUUGUGCCAUGACUGGGAACAUUCUCAGUGUAGUGACAAGAGCAGCAGAGUCCAGCUGGGUGUUUGAUGCUGGCAACCCAUUCUUUGUUUUCCAUGUGGUUACCUCUUUCCUCUCACUCAACUGUGUAGUCAUCAUGUAAGUUUUUCUUCCCUGGUUUACUUAGAUUAAAUUUCAUGACUAGUUUCUGUACUGUUGCAAGGAGAAUCAAGAUUUUUUUCUCCUGUAAAAACUCAAUCUCCGUAUUCAUUCAGUUUCUUGUCCAUUUUCUAUCAUAGCAUUUUAAACCAGAGGGCAUUUGUCUCAUUUGAUUCUGUCAAAGUGAAGUAUCUUGAUUGGAAUUAUUGAGACAGUAUUUUACAUGUGCCAUUUUACUAUAUGAGCUGGGAUGCUACAGAAUCUUUUUCAUUAUUAGUGGCCCCAUUUUCCACAAGAAGGAAGGUGGGUGGGUUAAACAGACUUGAGAAUUACAAAGGAGAAAAGACCCAAUUUGAGUUGUCAAUGGGAGACAGUAUUAUUAUCCUGGGAAGGGAAUGUUGAUCAUUGUCUCUGCUUGGCCAGCAAACUGCCACAUGCCUCAUGGGUGGUGGGACUUGCCCAGCUUGUGGUGUGUUUCUUGUCAUCAUUCCAAGGUUGCUUAUGUUGGUGCAUGGUACAGUUUACUUUCUGUGUUGACAAAACUGGUAUUUUGAUUAUUGUGUAUGUAUUUUGUGCCCUUAGCUUGAGUUGUUGUACCCAGCAGAUACUGUGGAUGAUAUACAUGCUGUGAUUUUAUGGAGGUUGUUUGUGUCUAAUAUUUAUGUAUGUUUGAUAUAUUUAUUUAGUAUUUAUUUGUCCAAUAUUUUAAAUACAUUACAUAUACUUUAUUAAUUUAUCCUGUAGUUAGAUUUAUCUUGUCUGUAUUCAAAAUCCAAUCAUAAAAAUUUAAGCAUUGAACCUUAAUGCAUGAACCUUCUCAGGGUCCUCAGCAUCGGUUUCAGGGUUUGGUGUUUUGGGAGUGGUGACUGUGCAAUAUGCGAGCUUUAUUUUGUUUUUGAUUUAUAUAAAAUACAAUAAAAUGCUUUUAUUGCUGUACUGAGAAGGAAGAGGGAAAGUUCAAACCAAAUUACAGUUAGAGAGAUGACAGUGGUUACUUUCCUUGUUGACACGAUGAUAGAAAGGUCAUGGGAAGGAGGAAGAAUGGAUGUGGGGAGUGUGUGUGUUUUAUUAAUGCAAUGAUGGGAUGUUGGGCCCUCACUCCUCCUCCUCCUGCUUUAGAUGACCUGAACAUUAUAUACUUACCUACCCAUAUUUGUGAUACCAAAAAAAAAAAAAAACUAUUAUCCUAUAUUUAGUGUUGAUAUCUACUGUUUUAUCCUUGAGUGCAAAUUUGACCAAGGCUACAUAUUCCUCUGUGUAUGUUACCUGCAGGAACAUAAACACGGGUGUGUUUUGCUCAGCCUUGAUAUGAAAUUCUAAGAUAGAGCUUAAAGAAUUACUACUAAAUUACUACUAUCCUUGUGACUGUAUAAGUAUGUAUUGAUGCCAACAAGCAGCCAAUAUUGCAAACACUUACGACA